UAUAUCACCCCGGACAAAUGAAUUUAUCAUGCAUCUAAAAGUUCCAGCGAGAUGAAGUUCCAGCUGCAGACCUUCUGUUUGAUCUUUGCCAUACUCUGGGUGGAAUGCCUCUGUAAUGGAAAUGCAGGCAAGGCUUCUAAACAAGGAUGUUUCACAACACUAUAUCAGUUCGGAGCAUCGCUCUUCGACACAGGAAAUGCAGUCAUUGCAUUUCCACGACAGGCUUUCCAGCCCACCAGAUUGCCUUAUGGCUCCACUUUCCCUGGUUACCCCGUCAACCGAUUUUCAGAUGGAAAGCUCAUCAUCGACUAUUUAGCGGAUGCUUUCAAAGUAGAAUUGCUUCAUCCUUAUCUCGAAAGUGUGGAGGCCGAGGCGAGGAAGAAAGCGGUAAGAGACUACAGGAGAGGAGUGUGUUUCUCGGUGGCCAUGGCAACUGCACUGUCUGUGGAAGAAUUGAACUUCACAGGAAUUGGGAGGAAAAAUAUAGCGUUGAAUCCUUUUACCUCUGAUGCACAGUUUGAGUGGUUCGAGUAUUUCAGGGACCGCGUUUUGGAAAGCAGAACCAAGUCUAGAGCAUUUGAAUCAGGAAACUUAAGCGCUCUUCUACCCAGUAUAGAGGCGAUGGAAAAUGCUCUUUAUCUUCCGGGAGAGUUCGGCGUUAACGACUAUCGCGUGGGGUUACUGUCUGGUUUGAGUGUUGCAGAGGUCAAGAAGAAAGUGCCUUAUGUCGUUCUCAAGAUAGUCAGUCUAGUCAAGAAGCUCCAUGGGACAGGUGCCAGGAAUUUCCUGGUUGUUGGGGUUCCACCGCAAGGAUGCAGCCCAUUUUAUUUAACCGUGUUGAAUGGAAGCAAAGACGAAUAUAACUGCCUUGUGGAGGUGAAUGAAAUCCAUCGCCUCCACGAGACGAAGCUGAAGAUUGCACUGAGAGACCUACGCGAACAGCUGAGGGACUCGAACAUAAUGUUUGGGGACUAUUACAGGGCGUUCAUGAGCGUAAUCAAACAUCCUGCAAAACAUGGAAUGAAAGUGAGAAAUAUUGCGUGUUGUGGCUCGGGCGGAAAGUACAACUACAUUCCUGCGGCUGUUUGUGGAACGAGCUCUUCAAGGCGAUGUUCAAAGCCAGAGAAUUACGUGUACUGGGAUGAUUUCCAUCCAACUGAUGCGCUCAACAAAAUAAUUGCUGCUAAAUUUGCAUCGGGGAAGUAUGUUGAACCUCCCAACCUUUCGCUUGGCUGUUCCUGAGCACAAACAAGCUUCUUAAGAAUCACAAUGGAGGACUGAUGUUCUACCAUUUAUUGUUAGAACAUUACUUACAAAUAGUGUAAUAUACCCCAAGUUAUUAUGAGUAAACGAUCCAGUGGAGAUUUGGUAAAUAAUGAAAUGUAAUGUAAUGUCACGUUUAUUUUAUGUAAAA